GUCAUGUAUACUAACUUUAAUCCAUUUCAUGUCCCAACCCAUGAACUCCCAAUCGGGUCAAAUCCAAACCCAUCACAGUUCCUCUAUUCUUCUUCUUCUUCCUCUGAUUACUGUAAGCUGAGAAAUAUUUCAAAAAAAUAAAAAUAAAAUGAGAAAGCAAGUGUUAACGUUGACGGAAGCAGCGGCAUCGAGAGUACGCCAGCUUUUGGAGCAGCGUCAGCGUUCAUUCCUUAAACUUGGCGUUAAAUCUCGCGGCUGUAAUGGCUUAUCUUAUACCCUCAAUUAUGCAGACGAUAAAGGAAAAUUCGAUGAGGUGGUUGAGGACAAGGGAGUGAAGAUAUUGAUUGAUCCAAAGGCUCUUAUGCAUGUUAUAGGUACCGAAAUGGACUUUGUUGACGAUAAACUCAGAUCUGAGUUUAUAUUUAUUAAUCCAAAUGCUACUGGCCAAUGCGGUUGUGGAGAAUCUUUCAUGACGACAACCAGCUCAGAAGCUGCUAAACUGCGUGGCAAAUCAAGCUGAUAGCUUCAUGCUACUAGUAUGUCUGUUAUAUAUACACUUAGAUCUUAUAGAAGUGUGAGUAUAUAGUCGAUCUGUAGUAACAAAAUCGACAAGUGAAAGGUCAGAAACAGAAGGUUUUGUUAUUUUUCCUUCCCUUUUUAUAAUCUUUUGUUCUGUACAUACUGUAACGCUGUUCUUCACCCCCAAUAAUUUGAGCGGAUGCAUGUAUUACUUACUGCAGUUGCUGUUGUAAAGAAUAAGAUUUCCUUUGCGAUGGAAAGGCGAAUGUAGAAUGAAAACCGAUUUCAUA